AUGCCAUCCCAAACUUUCGAUAAUCGACGUCUUGUCGGAAUUCAUGCUGAGCGUGUUACUAAUGUAUCCAACAACGAAUUCCCAGGGCACUAUCCCGGCGAAGAUCAUUCGUGGAAUCUUGAAAAAUUCAAAAAGAACUUGACAGUCACAGUACAAAGACUGUCUCAACACUCCAUAGACUUUGAUAUUGUGGGCGUUGACGCGUCGAUAGCAAAUGCAUUUCGAAGGAUCAUGAUGGCAGAGGUCCCAACGGUAGCCAUCGAGCAGGUAUUUGUGUGGAACAACAACUCAGUCAUUGUAGACGAGAUUCUUGCCCAUCGACUAGGUCUCGUCCCACUAAAUGUGGAUCCGUCGUUGAUGAAGAUGAGAGAACCCGAUACAACUCCAACGGACCAGAACACGCUUGUUUUCAAUGUUGAUAUCACCUGCGAACGCAAUCCAAAAGCUCCAAAAGGCACCCUCAACCCGCACGAACUCUAUAUCAAUUCCGAAUUCCUUUCCUCGCAUAUCACCUGGACUCCAGCAGGAGACCAAGAAGAAACUUUUGCUGCGAAACGACCAGCCCCGAUCAACCCCAACAUAGUGCUUGCCAAAUUGAGACCGGGGCAGCAAAUCAACAUGGAGCUUCAUGCGGUGAAGGGCGUCGGGAAGGAUCAUGCCAAGUUCAGUCCCGUUGCCACCGCGUCGUACCGUUUGCUUCCUCAUAUCAAAAUCACAAAACCGAUACCACCCAGCAAGGCGGAGAAGUUCCAGAAAUGCUUCUCGCCCGGUGUGAUCAAAAUCGAUCCUCGAACGAAAGAGGUCAGCGUAGACGAGAAGAACGUGCGGAACGAUAGCGUCAGCCGAGAAGUUCUGCGGCAUCCUGAGUUCGCUGAUUCGGUCGAGCUGAGCAGAGUCAGAGACUUUUUCCUCUUCAAUGUCGAAUCAGAGGGACCGUAUGCACCAGAACGCAUAUUGCCCGAGGCGAUCAAAGUGAUGCGAGAAAAAUUGGCCGUUAUUCGGCAAGCUGCUCUGGCGCUACGGGAAAAGACCACAACUGUUGAUACCGAUGUCGUUAUGGCGGAUUCAUGA